CGUGCGCGGGGCGGGCGGGUGCGCGCGCACUUCCUCCUCGCCCCCACCCAAAUCCAGAAGGCGGUACCAUGGCGGCGCCCCCGCCGCAGCCCGUCACCCACCUCAUCUUUGACAUGGACGGACUUCUUCUGGAUACUGAACGACUGUAUUCAGUGGUGUUUCAAGAAAUAUGUGAUCGCUAUGACAAGAAAUACAGCUGGGAUGUAAAGUCCCUGGUUAUGGGUAAGAAGGCAUUAGAGGCGGCACAGAUUAUAAUAGACGUCUUGCAGCUCCCGAUGUCCAAAGAGGAGCUGGUGGAAGAAAGCCAAACGAAGUUAAAGGAAAUGUUCCCCACGGCUGCGCUCAUGCCAGGGGCUGAGAAACUCAUCGUCCACCUGCGGAAACACGGCAUCCCCUUUGCGCUGGCCACCAGCUCAGGGUCCGUGUCGUUCGAGAUGAAGACGAGCCGCCACAAGGAAUUCUUCAGCUUGUUUUCCCACAUUGUGCUGGGAGAUGACCCUGAAGUGCAGCAUGGCAAGCCAGACCCCGACAUCUUCCUAGCUUGUGCCAAGAGAUUCUCUCCCCCUCCUGCUAUGGAGAAGAGCUCCAUCCAUAGACCUCGUCUGCUUACCGCACAGAAAUGCCAGGACUGCUGGGGUCCCUUCUCAGCGCUCCUCCUUCUGUCUAAUCAGCUGCUUCUCUGACCAAACCUCCAGCUCACAGCCACAGCGCAUGGAGACCCCAAGCCUUCUACUUGGGUGUCCCACAAUGGCCUCAAACCCAACUUUUCACAAAAGCUACCUCUCCUUCCUGCCACCAAAAUGGCGGCCCCAAGACCCACCACAUCAGAAACGUGAGAAUCAGCUUCUCCAUCAGGCUUAACAUCCCAGGUAUCAUCCAGCUCCCUGUUGCUUCUCAGGUUUUCCUCUAAUCCCAUCCAUUUUUAUUCAUUGCCCUUGUGUUUGGACUGUUUCCCUCCCCCCAUUCAGAAGCUGAAAUCCUCACCCCCAGUGUGAUUCGUUAGGAGGAGACCAGGGAGCCAGGGACCAUGCUGGCUCCCUGAUCUCACACCACCUGACCCCAGACCUAUGGGAAAUCCCUGUCUGGGGUUUAAGCCACCCAGUCUGGUGUUUCCUUACAGUAGCCUGAAGGGACUAAGACACCCUGCUGCUGUCAGACAAAGAUACUCCUACGUGUAACUUGCUAGUUAUAAAAUGGAACUUUUAAGCUACAUGAUAUUUGUCUUUAAGAAAUUAAAGUACAAGAACUUUUUAAGUCCCCUGGACAGAAACCAUCCUCAGGUCGCUGCUGCGCUUCAGCAUCAUUGAAGAAGUCAGUUCAUCACCUCCAAGUGAUAAGCCGCCAAGGUGCUUCACCUCCCUUGUAGUUGGAAAUGUCAUGCUCCCUAAAUUAAAUCCCUCAAGCUACAGUUUAAUUAAGCUCAUCUCCUCACCUGGAGAUGGAAAUCAGAUAUAUUUUAGCCUUCAGAUAGGUAGAGUGAAAAGAACAUUGGAUUCUGCAGACCUGGAUUCUGUUCAAGAGUUCUGUCUUCCGCGUGACUGCAUGACCUCCAGCUUGCCUCUGAACUUCCCUUGCCCUAAGUAGAGGAGAUGCUGCAUUUGCUCUGUCUAUUCCCUAGCGCUGACUUUCCAUGGCCUCUUUGUGGCUCUAAGUCCUGUACCAGGACACCUUUACUGUCUUCGCUAAUUUAGCAGAUGUUUGUCAGUGCUCAUGAUUUGCCGUGGCAUCCUGGGAAGGUGCAUGAAAACUGGGCCCUGCCUAGUUACAGCCGAUAUGUAGGCGUCCGCACAAGCUGCGUGAAGAAUAUUCUUGACCAGAUACUUCCUUGAAGUCAUGGAAGUCAGCCUUAGAAGGUCCACUAAAUACACUACAAAAUAAUCACAAAAUUAAUUAAAAUCAUAUAGAAUAUGCAUGCGUACACAUACAUCCAUGUGCAUGUCCUGACACAGAGAUGAUAUGUGGGGUGAAGGAGGGAGAUCUCAGGAGGCCGCAGGCCUGCCGGGAGCAUGUGCAAGUGCCAGCACCAUCCCCUGGACCAAGCCCCAGUUCUCCAGCUUCACUGAAGGUGCAGAAGCCCUGCUGGAAAAGAGAAGAGAGCCGUGGGCACUUCCACCUUCCCUGUCCCUGGCCACCGCCUUCAAAGGAGCAACCCACCAAGUCCAUGCAGAGAAAAGUCAGUCUGCCUCCGCUCUCCACUUGCAGAGGCUGAAGUCCCUUGACUUAUAGAGAGAAAGGUUUCUUUCUACAGAUGCAAACAUACAAUCCAUGAUUCACUGUAUGGGUGGUGGUAUGAAUGAGUUUUAGGUCAAGUGUAAUCAGUCAGUCAUGGUGGGACAGGAAGGGCUGCUCCCUAAGUGAAAAAAUGAGGUGCUUAAAAAGAAGCAUGAGAGCCAAAUUCAGUCAGGGUGAACCUCCUUUUGCUGUAGCUGGGUGUGGCAGACGGAAACUGUGUUGAGGUAUUUCUGCCUUCGAAAAUAAAAACAUACUUCCUCCUUAAUUUUAUUUGUGCAAGAUAUAAACUGUAUUUAGCUUAUAUUCUUCUUUCUUUUUUUGACGCUUAAGUCCUGUGAUUACCAGACACAGUUGUUCCAGGUAGCUUUUAAGGAUUUAUUCUUAAAUCCUUAAGUUUCAGUAGACAGACACCCAUGCUGUGAAAAUUCUUUAAAUGGUUAGGCUUUUAGAUACCAGGUACUUUUCUUGUAGGAAUGGUCCUAUUUACAAGUGCAUUAGAUCUUUGGGUGUAACAAAGUCUGAAGACGACAUAAAAAUCUUUUGGGGCUGGGCACGGUGGGUCACACCUGUAAUCCCAGCACUCUGGGAGGCCAAGGUGGGGGAUCA